UGGAGGUCCCCGAGACCGCGCAGUGGGAGCGGCCCGGGCCUCACCUAGUAUCAGCCACAUGGGCGCUGGACCUGCUGCAGUACAACGAGUGGAUGAACGAGGAGGACUACGAGGUGGACGCCGCCGGCAAGAAGAAGGUGCACAAGCUGCGUUUAUCAGUGGACGACCUGAUGCCGGGCGCGGAGCCGGCCGGGAAGGGCAAGGCCAAGGGGAAGCGUAAGCGGUCACCCUCACCGCCGCCGGCGAAGCAUAACAAGAGGAAGAGCCGCGGCGUGAAGCGAGGCCGCGACAACGAUGAUGAUGAAGAAGAUGCGGCGUCGCGCGACACCGCCGACGUGCCGCCCACGCCGGAGGAGCGCCCCGCGCCCGACGCUCCGUCGACGUCGGUGGAGCCUCCCCCCGCGCCCGCCAGCGACGCGCCCUCCCCCGCCGCGCCCAUGGACACGCACGACGAGUCGCAGGGGAAGCACAGCGACUCCAACACACAGGAAAUGCUAACAAAAGAGGAGCUAGAAGACAACGUGACGGACCAGACGCACCACAUCAUCGUGCCGUCGUACGCGGCGUGGUUCGACUACAACUGCAUACACACCAUCGAGAAGCGCGCGCUGCCCGAGUUCUUCAACGGGAAGAAUAAAUCGAAGACGCCCGAGAUUUAUCUGGCUUACAGAAACUUCAUGAUCGACACAUACCGCCUCAACCCGAACGAAUAUCUCACCUCCACGGCGUGCCGGCGCAACCUGGCGGGCGACGUGUGCGCGAUCAUGCGCGUGCACGGCUUCCUCGAGCAGUGGGGGCUCGUCAACUACCAGUUGGACGCGGACAGCCGGCCCACGGCCAUGGGCCCGCCGCCCACGUCGCACUUCCACGUGCUGUCGGACACGCCGUCGGGCCUGCAGCCGCUGCUUACUCGCGCCACGCAGCCGAGGCCUGAAAACGCAGCCGUCCCCAAGAUCGAGGCGGGCCUGCCGAACGGCACGGAGUCGGGCGCGCUGGGCGGCGGCGCCUCCGUCAAGGCGGAGCACACGCUCGAGAUGGGCGGCGCCGCGGGGCUUAAGCUUGAUCAGUACCGCGGCGCGGCGCGCGGGCGCGAGUGGACGGACCAAGAGACCCUCCUCCUACUAGAAGCUCUAGAACUACACCGCGACGACUGGAACCGCGUCGCCCAACAUGUGGGCUCGCGCACACAGGACGAAUGUAUCCUACACUUCCUGAGGUUGCCCAUUGAGGAUCCUUAUUUGGAGGACGCUGGCUCGGGCGGCGUGCUAGGCCCGCUGGCGUACCAGCCGAUCCCGUUCAGCAAGGCGGGCAACCCGGUGAUGAGCACGGUGGCGUUCCUGGCGUCCGUGGUGGACCCGCGGGUCGCCGCGCGCGCCACCGCCGCCGCCAUGGAAGAGUUCGCCGCUAUUAAGGACGAGGUCCCGGCGGCCAUGAUGGAGGCGCACGUGAAGGCGGCGGGCGCGGGCGGCGCCGCGGCCGCGCUCGCUGCUACUGGGAUAGCUGGUACUGCGCCUGACACGCCGCCUGGCGAGAAGAAGGAAGGCGGUGAAGUGAAGAGUGAAGCCAUGGAGGUGGAGGAGCCCGAGCCGGUGAAGCCCAAGGAGGAGCCUAAAGAGGAGCCCGCCGACGAGGCCAAGGAUGUCAAGGGAACGCCGCCGCCUGCUGACGGCCCCACAGCGGUAGACGCUAAGCUGCAAUCCGCCGCGGCCGCCGCGCUCGCCGCCGCCGCCGUCAAGGCGAAGCAUUUGGCCGGCGUCGAGGAGCGCAAGAUCAAGUCUCUAGUGGCAUUAUUGGUGGAAACACAGAUGAAGAAACUAGAGAUAAAAUUGAGGCACUUUGAGGAGCUUGAAGCGACUAUGGAGAGGGAGCGGGAAGGGCUGGAGUACCAGCGGCAGCAGCUGAUCCAGGAGCGACAGCAGUUCCACCUCGAGCAGCUGAAGGCGGCCGAGUUCCGCGCGCGCCACCACGCGCACCACCGAUUACAACAAGAGGGCGGUCUGCCGGCCGCCGGCGCGGCCGCGGCGCCCGCGCCCGAGCAGCCCCCGCCCGAGGCCGCCCCCGCUGCCGCCGCCGCCGCCGCCGCCGCUCACACGUAGACCAACCAUCCAUACAUAUACUGUACUGUAUACCUAGACUCCGCGCCACUACUGAAGUCUGUACAACUAAAUGCCAGACAGUAUAGCAGGUUAGCUCCCACUUUUCACUGCUGCAACGUAGGUAUAGCAAAACUUGAGAUAUACAUUUGUAUUGUUAGAAAUAUGUACAAUAGAACUAGAAAAUCAUUUCGUUUCUGUUAUUCAUUUAGAAAAAGCAGUCUGGCUAAUAAAAUAAUUACUUACAUUGAUUGAUGGCAAUUUUUGCAUCUUAUAUCAGACUGACUUGGACAAAAUCUUUAGUUGAUGUUGGAUAAGAUGCUCAUUGUGUAGUCCUUAUUAAAAUUGAAUCGAAAUGUUCAUUAUAUUGUUUUCCCUGAAAUCUUAUUUAUAUUUAAAUGUGAUUGCAUUUAUGAUAGUGAGGCGAACAUCUAAAUAUUAUAAAAUAAGCUCUGUGUAUGUUAUUUGUGCGAGGUUGAAUGUCUUAGUAUUAAUUUAAUAUAAGUGUAAACGUAUCGUAACAGAUAUUAUGAAAUUAAAACAUAUUUCACGAAG